AUGGCCCCGAGAAUGGGGAUUCCACUGCUGCUGCUCCUGUUGUGUCUAGUCUUCCCCUCCUUGCUCCUCGGCUCGGCGGAAGGUCAAAACGCCGAACCCAUCCUGAUCAACUGCGGCUCCAACUCCACUAUCCAGGCCGGCGGCCGGACCUGGAUUGGAGAUUCCCUCCCCGGCGGCAACGUCACCCUCAGCUGCCCCGGCGUCAACGCGUCGGGCAUUGCCGUCGGCAAGAACUUACUGCUCGGAUCUCUGUACAGAACCGCCCGGGUGUUCAACGCGAGCACCAACUACACCUUCAACCUGUCGUCCUCGGGGAGCUACUUCCUCAGGCUCCACUUCCACCCGCUCCAGUCUGCGGGCUUCAGCUCGAACACCUCCGAGUUCGAGGUGACCGCCAACGGCCUGAAGCUCCUCUCCAGGUACAAUGUCACCGGUGAGGUGGAUCGGAAGAACGCCUACUUGCAGAGCCUGAUGGGGAGCAACUCGACGGCGGCGGCGUCGUCCUCUUCCUCCUCCUCCUCCUCCCUGGUGAAGGAGUACUUCCUCAACGUGAGCUCCACCGUGAUCUGGGUUCAGUUCGCCCCCUCCCCGGGCUGCUUCGCAUUCGUCAACGCCAUCGAGGUGGUUCCCAUCCUGGAUGGCCUCUUCUUCGACCCCGUGACGAGGGUGGGCGGCGGCGCCGCCGCAGCCGCGAGCGUCGACCGGGGGAUGGAGACCAUGUACCGGGUGAACAUGGGGGAUCGCGAGGUGAAAGCGGAGCGAGAUCGGGGCCUGUGGCGGAGCUGGGAGACGGACAUCAAGUACAUGUUCUCCUCCCUGGCAGCGAAGACCAUCUCCAAUUCCUCGAACAUCACCUACGCCGACAGCAACCGCACCUCCAUUGCGCCGCUGCCGGUGUACGAGGACGCGAGGACGAUGGUCAACGACGACGUGGUGGAGAAGAGGUUCAACGUGACAUGGAAGUUCUACGUCGACCCCGGCUUUGACUACCUGGUGCGGCUCCACUUCUGCGAGCUCGUCUACGACACGGAGAACCAGAGGGUCUUCAGGAUCUACCUCAACUUCCGGAACGCCGCCGAUAACUACGACAUCCUCGCCAAGGCCGGCGGCAAGGGCAGGGCCUACUGUCAGGAUUUCGUCGACUCGGCGCCGGAGGAGAUGACCAUCUGGCUGCAGCUCGGCCAGGACGCCACCACCGGCGCCCAGGACACCGACGUCCUCCUGAACGGCCUGGAGAUCUUCAAGCUCAGCCGGAACGGGAACCUCGCGUUCGUCCCUGAGAAGACGACCGCCGGCGCCGAGGGCCCGCCGGGAGGACGGCCCAAGCGUGGUGGGAACCAGUGGGUGCCCAUCGCCGCAGGCGUCGCUUCCACAGCCGCCGCCGUGAUUGUCUGCGCCGCCGUGGUCUUCUUCCUGUGCGCCCGCGCCCGCGCGCGCAGGGGCAAGGCGCCGCCACAGGUCAAGGGAGGAAAUCCCCCUCCGGCGUGGCGGCCACUGGUCCUCAACGGCGCCCUGGCGAGCGCCGCCGCCGCCGGUGAUGCCCAGGGGGCAGCGAAGGCGCCGAACAGCAAUGGGGCUUCGAACAGGACCGGGAGGCGGUUCGCGGUGGCGGAUAUCCGUGCGGCGACGAGGAACUUCGACGAGGCGCUGGUGAUCGGGACGGGGGGCUUCGGCAAGGUGUACAAGGGCGAGCUGGAGGACGGCCGCCCGGUGGCGGUGAAGAGGGCGCACCCGCAGUCGGAGCAGGGGCUCGCCGAGUUCGAGACGGAGAUCGCGAUGCUCUCCAAGCUCCGGCACCGCCACCUGGUCUCAAUGAUCGGCUACUGCGACGAGCAGCAAGAGAUGAUCCUAGUCUACGAGUAUAUGGCCAACGGGACCCUCAGGAGCCACCUCUACGGCAGUGGCGGCGGCGGCGAGCUCCGAGCGCCGCUGCCGUGGCGAUGCCGCCUGGAGAUCUGCAUCGGCGCCGCGCGAGGGCUGCACUACCUGCACACGGGCGCGGACCGCGGGGGAAUCAUCCACCGUGACGUGAAGACGACCAACAUCCUGCUGGACGAGGACCUGGUGGCCAAGAUGGCGGACUUCGGCCUGUCCAAGGACGGGCCUGCGCUGGACUGCACGCACGUUAGCACCGCCGUGAAGGGGAGCUUCGGUUACCUGGACCCGGAGUACUUCCGGCGGCAGCAGCUCACCCAGAAGUCCGACGUCUACUCCUUCGGCGUCGUCCUCUUCGAGGUGGUCUGCGCGCGGCCGGUGAUCAACCCGGCGCUCCCCAAGGACCAGAUCAACCUCGCCGAGUGGGCCGCGCGCUGGCAGCGGCAGGGGGCCCUCGCCGCCGUCGCCGACCCGAGCCUGCUGGAGGGGCACUGCUCGCCGGAGUCCCUCGGCAAGUUUGGGGAGAUCGCCCUCAAGUGCCUCGCCGACGAGGGACGCUGCCGCCCCACCAUAGGGGAGGUCCUCUGGCACCUCGAGUACGUCCUCCAGCUCCACGACACCUCCCAGAGGAGUCUCCUCUUCGACCCCUCGCCGCCGGACGACGCCCUCCCCGGCACCAUGGCUGCGCCGCUGGGCUCCUCCUUCCCCGACGACCCCCAACCUCAUCACCAACAAAACCGUGCAGACGAUGACUCCGCCGCCGCCGCCGGCGACGACACCCCUCCCCUUCCCUCCUCGGGAGCUUGA